GCCUCAAAAGAAAAAACAAUCUGGCAUCUCCAUCAAAUCAGAUCUCACGCUCCUGUAACCAAAACAAAAUCAGCAUCCGAUCCCCACCAAAAAUCAUCCUCCUAAGUCGGAACGAAAUCAGCGGCGUCGGAGAUGGGCGCUGAGUGCCGGUACGAGGUGGCGCAGGCGGCGUACGUCAAGCUGGCGCUGCACGCACUGAAGCACCCCGCGACCGCCGUCAACGGCCUCCUCGUCGGCCGCCUCGUCGAGCCUUCGUCGUCACCGGCCGUCGUCUCGGUCAUCGACGCCGUGCCGCUGUCUCACCACCCGCACCAUCUGGCGCUGCUCCCCACGCUCGAGCUCGCGCUCACUCUCGCCGAGGAUCACUUCGCAACCCAGGGCGAAGGCCUCGCCGUCGUCGGAUACUACCACGCCAACCCGCGCUGCGACGACACUGAACUCCCGCCAGUCGCCAAGCGCGUCGGGGACCACAUCUUCCGAUACUUCCCCCGCUCCGCCGUGUUGCUGGUCGAUAACAAGAAGCUGGUGGAGGCCGUCAAGGGGAAGUCUCGCGAUCCGGUGGUUCAGCUAUACACCAGGGAUUCAUCAAAAAGUUGGCGUCAGGCUGGAUCAGAUGGUAGCAGUCAGCUGGUUCUAAAAGAACCUUCUACCAAUGUUGUCCUAGCUGAUCAUGUUACAACAAAGAAAUGGGAGAAAAUUGUUGAUUUCGACGAGCACCUUGAUGAUAUUAGCAAGGAUUGGUUGAACCCAGGCCUCCUUGACUGACUUUUCAUGAUUGAUCUCUCUAUAGAUACUGUAUUGGAACUUUGCUAGAAAUGAGGUGGUGAAGUUUGUCCUGCUGUGCUAUGGACUUUGCUCAGUCGCAAUGACUUAUAAGCAUGGAUUUUAAUGUAAACAAGUGAUUUUGUAACAACUACAGAUCAAAAUGCUAAAAUUGACGUUGAGAAGAUAUUUUAGUAGAUUCAUUCCUGUGGCAUAUUAAUUAUGAAGACCUCGAGAUUGUCUCAAGACAUGACAAUUAUUACUGACUUGUCA